AUGAAGGAACCAUUGCCUAUAAACUACACUCUUGAUUACUCCGACUGGCAGGUUGCCAUAUCCUUACUGUUUUCAAAAGAACUACCCUUCGACCGAAGCAUCUUUGACCUCGUCGACAUGUACGAACACUCGAAGAACAUGUACAGCACUGCAUUGUACAGCAGUAGACCCUCUGAAUCCUUCGAAGUUCAACACACCGAAAGCCUGACCGACAUGCCCAUCAGUGCUCCGAUAGACCCCCACAUGUCUUCUCUCCAUGAUAUCAGCUAUCUGGACCCCCAGCUGGACCCCAGAUCCUUCCUAGCCCCAGUGGAUUAUUCCACCAGCAGAAGAGGGUCCACAGUUGGUUCGACAGUCGGCUCUCAAUACGCCUGGUCGACUACAUCCAACGCAGACAUCCUUUCCAACUCCCCCAACCUCUCUUCAUUUGACCCUAUCAACCCGGGGACAAGCACACCCUUCGUGCAAAGUUACUGCCCCGAAUCCCUCCAACAACUCAGACCCAGCCUCAGCGAGUCAGGCUACACCACCCAGCAAAUUGACAAAUGGUGCAUCGACAGCAACCCCACCGAAGACUUCUACCACUCCCACCCCCAAGCAACCCAAGCCCAAAGCCAGCCCUACCCCAUGAACUUCACCCCAGAAAUCCAACCAGAGCCCUACCCACUCACCAACCUCAAUCCAAACACCCAAUGGCUCUCCCCGCCAAUACCAGAACCCUUCUUAUCACCCCCGCAAUCCAUGCCAACACAAACCCCAAUUUCAACCGCCCCCUCCCCAACACACUCCCACUCCCACUCCUACUCCAUCUCAGACCCAGACUCCCCGCCCCAAAGCACGAGUGCCUCCAACGCCGACCUAACAAACUACGGCAUCCCCACCGGCGACGGCACCUGGCGCUGCGCAUAUCCAGGCUGUUCCUCGCAAGCGUCGUUCCGACGAGGCUGCGAUCUGAGGAAACAUUUCAAUCGACACCGCAAGUAUCUUGCCUGUCGCUAUGAGGGGUGUCCUCAGUCUGUGCGGAGUGGGUUUAGUAGUAAGAAGGAUCGGGCGAGACACGAGGCGAAGCAUAAUCCGGGUGUGUUGUGUGAGUGGGAGGGGUGUGGAAAGGUGUUUAGUCGGGUGGAUAAUAUGAAGGAUCAUGUUAGAAGGAUUCACCGGAAGGGAGAGGUUGGGAGGGGUUGA